AUGCAUAGGCUUCGAUUUAAAGAAAAUCUACAAGCAAAUGGAAUUUCAGCCAGUGCGCUGAGUGAUAGACUUCAAAGAUUGCACGAAGAACUAAAGGAAAUUGGUCAAGGUGACUUGGAUACUUCCCAGUUAGACCCAUAUUGUCAAGAACUUAUAAAGCCUAGUUUCAUUCGUCACAAAGACAAAGGUGUGCAAGCUUUGGUAGCUUGCAAUCUUGCAGACAUACUUCGUUUAUAUGCACCGAAUGCGCCCUUCUCUCAAGCAGAAAUUAAGAUCCUCUUUCGGUUCCUCUUGGCUCAGCUUGUGUCACCGUCAGCAGGCUUGGCUAAUGCCGACCAUCCACUUUACAAAGAGGCAGUGUAUGUUCUUGACAGUCUUAGUACUGUGAAAAGUGUGGUGCUCAUAUGUGACCUUCCGUCAGCGGGUGACCUCAUAACGGAAUACUUUCAAAAACUGUGGGCGUUAAUCACAGAAAAGCUGGCUAAAAAUGUUGAGCUGGCCGUGAUUGAUGUAUUAGUACAACUUAUUGAUGAAUGCGCUACCAUUCCUCAGCCGGUUGUGGAAUUAUUGAUGAGCGCCUACUCUCAAGACCCUCAUUCUCCCACUUAUAUGGCUUCUACCAGCAUAUGUCAAGCUACUCAAGAUCGACUGCAAAAACAUGUUGCGCGUUAUUUUUCAGAAUCAUUUCUAGAAACACUUGAGUCCAAUGACGAUGACGAUGAAGAUGAUAAAGUGAUUGCACUAGAGCAAUUGCACCAACAAAUUGUGAAUGUGGCGGAGGCUGCACCAUCGUUGCUCACUAGUGUCGUACCGAAUCUAGAAUCAGAGCUUCAUUCAGAUCGAGUGCAUGUUCGCUUGUUGGCUACCCGUGCGCUUGGAACACUGUUUGCCCUGUCCUCCAAUGUAUCUGAGGGUUUCGCCACAUUGCAUUCGCAUGUUUGGAAGGCAUGGCUCGGUAGAGCCAUUGAUAAGCAUGCACCUAUUAGAAUAUGUUGGACGGAAUUUGCCGUCAAGACAUUGACACAGCAUUCUGAACUUGUUUCGGCUAUCACACCAAUUCUUGCCGCCCGUGCCGUCGAUCCAGACGAGCAUGUCCGUGCCAAGCUUGCUGAACUAAUAUAUAAUCUUGAUUACGACACAAUGUGCCAUCAUAUUCCUUUGAGGAUUUUUCAAGAGCUUGCUCAGCGUGGUAAGGAUCGUCGCGCUACAGUGCGUAAUCGAGCGUUAGAUGCGCUUGGACGUUCAUUCUCCCUGGCAUAUGCAGAGUCGGGCAGUGCUUCUAUAUUCGCGGACAAAUUUGCCUGGAUUCCAGGUGCUGUACUCAAUUGUAACCUUACAGGCUCUUGCGAUGUUACACGCAGUGUACUUCAUACGUGGGAGACAUACAUUGUACCUCCAAACGAUCCGUCUUACGCCCAACGCUUGCACACUGUGACAUCUCUCUUGGAUGACAAUGAGCGAUCUGUUUUUUUCUAUUUGACCAAUUUGCGUCUUUCGCGCCCGACUGCUUUGGAUGUCUAUGUGGAAUGCUGUGACGGAAAGGAUUCCUCUCGUCUGUCGGCAUGUAUUCAGGCGAUCGCAGCCAUUUUGAAUGAUCCGGAUGUACCGAAUGUACUUCAUUCUUUUGCUAAUGAACCCGAUGAGUUCCUAUUGAAUUCGAUGCGUGUCUGUUUUGAUCCAUCCACGCCACUUAGUAAGAGUACACAAACGCGGCAUGAAGCAAUCUCAUAUAUGCAAGAAAAGUUACCAGAGAUGAUUAAUGUGUUAUCAGAGUGUCUCUGGACAGGCUCUUUCCCUAUAUUGAAUGUGUCUUGUAUACAGCCGCUUCUUGAACUUCAAUCGACGCAACUUUUAAGGUUUAUUGCUCAACAUGCGCCGUAUCUUCUUAAAGAUUACAGCGGGAUUUUAACGCAAAGAGCACUGGAUGAGCCUGUAUCAUCUCUCGCAUUAGACUUACUUGCAUCUCUCGCAGCUUUUGAUCCCACUUCCUUCAGCGUGUCUGAAUCAUUCGUUGCAUAUCUAACAAAACAAGCAACUAGAUCGUAUGCGGCUGCCAAACUUAUUUCUUGCAUAUCUCCUGACCUUGUCGCGCAGCAGGUGACUUAUAUCAAAGAGCUGCUAGAGCACGAAUCUAACGACGCAUCAGCAGACGUGCUAGAAGCGUUGGCUGCCUUUUUGGAUCAUUCUUCCGUCGAACACAUACCCUCUUUGGAUACCCUAGUCGAACACAUUCUACAUCGUAUCGUGUUGGCACCAUGGCCAAAUCAUGAACCGGAACUUGAUACGGAAUGGAUCGACGAUGAUUCCAUGCCAUUACCGCUUCGCACGCGUUUGGGCUCUUUGCGUGUAUUGACGCAAUGGUGUUGCGUUCAAAAAAAAGCGGAUUUGGUGCCUCCCGUACUCAAACUUCUCUGGAUUCUUCUUGGCACGGGUGAAGUGCAUCGUGAUCAGCACAUACCCCUAGGCGUGCGGUCACGCUUGCGAUUGUUUGCAGCCCAAUGUAUCUUGAAACUAGCUACAUGUGAUGCAUACGCUUCGCUUAUUCUUCCGCGUAUGGGUCGUUUAUCCUAUGCACUUCAAGACGAGUGUUUUCAAGUUCGGAUGCAUCUAUUACAUGAUCUCCUCUUGUAUUUAAUGCGCGAUGAGCUUCCCACAGAAUUCCACGCUGCUAUCUUUCUGGUGGCCUUUGAUCCUGAGGAUGAGCCACGCGUACAAGUCGCUUCUUACACCCGACGUUUGCAGGUCUUACCGCCCAUCGUUAGGCACGAGCGAUUAGAACGUAUCAUUGUGCGAUUUCUGCAUCUUCUUGCCCAUCAUCCGGACCUAAAUGCGGAAUCACCUCAAACACUGUGUUCCUUUGCAAGAUACUUGGAAUUUUACCUUGCAUGUGUCGCCUGUGAGACUAACAUUGGCGUGCUGGCACGUUUUUCGGCAUGUGUGCGAACAUACAUCGAUCUAUCGCUAUCAGAACCUAGCGUCGAAAACAGUCGACCGCUCUACGCAAUGGCGGAGCUGGCGCAGUUUUUAAUACAGCGCCUGGCUGACAACCACGGAUGGACCAUAUAUCCCGUCGAUGAAGAAGCGCCGUGUCCGAAAGACAUCCUGAGAAGCACCGGCACCAUCGCACGCAGCGUACUGGAUGGAGAAGUAUGGGAAUUACUACAACAGCAGCCAAGACGCCAUCGAGAUAAAAAGACAAAAGUAGCAUGA